GGCAUUCAUAUUUCUUGCUUAAUUUCCUUAUCUUAUUUUUGCAUCCGCGAAUUGCAGCAAUGUUGAACAAAAUGGUGGUAUUACUUCUGUCAAUCUAUUUGGUAACUGCCGACGAAGAUGCUUCCAAACAGUGUAUUACACGUGAGCUCACAUCAUCGUAUAUAAUAGUGCCGGCGAAAGUAUCUAGUUGGUCAAGUGCGUCCACCAUUUUGGAUCUUUAUCACUGUAAUAGAUUUCCUCGUCAUGUGAAAUAUAUGUUCAUGGAUGUCUAUCUUCAAAUUAACCUUACUAACGAACAUGCUUAUCAACUUUAUCAGGGUGAGAAUUGUUCGGAAGUGCUGGAACAUUAUCACGAUGACCAGCGUUUCUGGGGAUUGGUACGCCGUGUCAAGUUACUGCAUUACAAGCAUUUAAGUCCAUUUUCUAAAAGUGUUAUUGGCGUGAGCACUCGACAUCCAUAUGAAAUCCGAAUACGUGUAUGGAAAAUUAAUUACAUACGUCUGGCUGUGUUCAUCGGUAGCAUAGCCUUGUUUUUGAUGUCGUAUUCAUUAGUGAAAAAUGCUAUUUUCUAUUAUACCAGUGGUUGCACGAUUGGUAUUCUAGCAUCACUUUUAAUUGUUGGAUUUGUGGUUUACCGGUUGACUCCAAGGAGUUGGUUGGGAAUUCCCUUGAUGUUCACUGGCUGGUCCGUCUCGUUAUUUUUCAUUUACACUCUUUGGAAGAAUCUCGCUUCUUUAAUUUUAUUGUAUCAGAAAUUUGUGGCAGCAUAUUUUGCUACAGUGAUUUUAAUAUCAUUAGCGGUUUGUUAUCGUUAUGGACCACCAACAGACGUCAGAUCUCAUAAUCUUGCUCAGUGGACAUUGCAACUGAUUGCCUUGUUGCUGAUAUACUCAUCGUGCCAAAUAACAGAUAUCGCUAUUGGAGUUAUUGUCCUGUUACUACUAUGGUCGAUUUCAAAAAACUGGUUGAUUAAUUUGGCAUCCAGAUUCAUGUCUGUUUUCAAAAUGGUUUGGCUUUUUCUAUUCCCACAGUGUCAGCGUUUAUUGACAAUGGAGGAAUAUCGGCAGCAGGGUGAGGAAGAAACUAGAAAAGCAUUAGAAGGAUUGCGCCAGUUUUGUCGAAGUCCGGAAGCAGAUGUUUGGAAAAUAACAUCUUCAGUGAGUGACCCAAAGAGGUUAGCGAGCUUUGUUGAUGGCAUAUGUGAUCAUGUCAAAGAAGACGAAUCUCGCCUGCAUGAUUUAGAAUGUACAGAUUUUGAUGAUCUUUCCGAUGAUAGUGGAGAGGAUGAAUAUGUUGUUGCGCAACGUUCUUAUCUGAAUAGAAACUAUGAAUCACCAAGGCAGAGAUAUCAGGUUGGCGCGAAUUCUUCAUCUUACCUGCGAUCAAAGGACCGUAGGUUAAAUCUACAACAGCGAAAAAGACUCAUUGAACGUAAUGAUUUUGAUUUUGAUGGAGAUGAAAAUGAAUUCAGAUAUGAUUGCCAAUCUCAUUCUUUGCCAUUGGAAAAUUCUUAUGGGAAAUCUCAACGUCAACGUGAUUUACAUAACGACAGACGGGUCACAAAUAAUUCCUUUCAUUCAUUCAGGCACCGAGAAAACGAUGGGUUGUUUUUUUGAAGUUUCCAAAGAUCAAAUCGACCAUCGUCAAAUAUGGAUUCUGAUGAAGUGAUUCUAAGUCCAUAAACCGAGUAGCGUUUAACCUGAC